GCAGGUUUGUAUUUUAAACAGAUAAGCUACACAUUCAAUUUCAAAAUAACGAUGAAGAAUUUGUUGGUUUUAUUUCUGUGUUUCUCUUUAUUCAGCUGCAGAGCCGGGUAUGGUUUGGAGCUGUACUCGUCUCUGGGAGAGAAUGUUUUCCUGCCUUGUGAGCAAUUCCAGGAAUAUGAAAACUCGUUAAUUGACUGGGUCUUUAGUCAGAAAUCUAAAUCUUUCCAGCUGGCCACGGGUGGGAACAUUAUAGACAAACAGCCAGAGAGAGCUGCAAGACUGGAGGUGCUGCCUGACUCGUCUCUGAGGAUACACGACCUGCACAUAGAGGAUAGCGGCCAGUAUACCUGCCAACAAUUUGUAAAUGAGCAGUUUCAUUCAAGUCUGACUUCUGUUGUUCUGAGCCUGCUCACCAUUACAGCUGACCCAAGAAGAGACUUAAAGAGAGGUACUGCUUUAUCUCUACAGUGCGCCCUGGUGUGUAAUGGUGGUAUUGCAGACUGCGGUCCUCCUGUCAAUGCUGAACUGACCUGGGUGGAUGAUGAAGGCACAGCCCUGCAGGGAGACAGGUUCAAGAUCACAAAACACAGAACACAUUCCACUCUGUCCCUGCAGCUGCAGAAAUCAGACCACAACAGGAGAUGGAGAUGCAACCUAACUGAGGGGGGUGAAGUAAAGGCUUCGUAUAGCUACACCACCACACUCACAGUCCCUGUUGAAGAUGUGUACUCCAUUGUGGGAGGAUUCGUUCACUUCCCCUGUGCAGAGACUUCUCAACUAGGGCCAGGGCAGCAAUUAAUUUGGUCCUUUACGAGAUCUGGGACCAACAGUGUCAAGACUCUAUUCACAUUCUCACCCAGUGGGAAUGUACUCAUCAAUGCUGAAGAGGUAGACAGGAACAGACUGGCAAUGUCAGCCAAUACUUCCUUGCUGAUCCUCAGUGUCCAGACAGCAGACUGUGGGUUCUAUCAGUGCUCACAGUACAAGGAUUUCAGUCGUGAGAAAAUCCAUCAGAGCUUGGCUCUGAACAUACUCUCUGGGAAUGCUGACCGGAUCUUACCCUUGAAGGCAGGCGCCAACGUCACCCUGACUUGCUCCUUGACCUGUUGGUUUGUAUCUCCAUCAGCCAGGCUGGUCUGGAGCGACAGUAAUGGAAACAGCCUGCAGGGCGGCGCUAGAGAGGGUUUUCUGAUCCAAUCGAACAUCACCAGCUCCCAGCUGUUUGUUACUGGCCUCCAGAGCUCUGAGCAGAUCAGGUGCAGUGUGGAGGAAGAGGGGGAGCAGAGAGUCUACCUGCAGUAUCACAUCCAAGUCUCGGCACCAGAAAAUCUGGUAUUGAUUGCAUCAGCUUCAUCAGCGGCCGUCACUCUCCUCCUAGUUUUGAUCCUCGCUGUCACGUUCUGUGUCUGGAAGAGGAAGAGAACAGAUUCAAAUAACCACGUCCAGGCUGAAGAAUUGAAGAACAAGGAGUCUGUCAGUGAGAUUCCUGCUCGGGUUACGGGGGGCGCCGAGGAGAACUACUCCAGCAUUCAGUUCGACGACGAGAGAAGAGGACCUGAAAGAAGACAGGCUCCUGCGGAGGAAAGCAAGGGCGUCAUUUACUCUGCCAUCAAAUGAUCGACAGACCGCGGCUGCUCUCGCUGUUACAGCAUUCAGACAUCUGGUGGAGCUGUGUGCCAAAAAAUUGCUCCGCUUUGUUUGGUUCAUGGUUAUUCUUAAGCUAUCAUCUCUGCAUUGUAUUGUGGGAUUGUCAUAUUAGGCAAGGUUUUAUCUCUGAUUAAACUCGAUGAUGAAAUACAUAUCCCAGAGUUAGGUUUAAUGAAAGGUGUUGUUUAAGUGACUGUGGCAAUGUUGCCCCGCCCCUGUGUGUAUUUCUGUGUUAUAUGUUGUAUGUAGUGUGUUAAUGUUGGUGUG